ACCAUAUAUGGUAAGGGCGUUCCACGCGGCACAAAGCCCGCCGACGUCAGGUCACGUCACGUCACGUCCGGUUCUCCCUUUCCCCUCCGAUCUCUCAACCAUGGCUCCGCUCAAACAGAAGAGGCCAGCUGUUGGCAAGAAGGCCAAAAGAGGAGCUUUGUGGAAGUUCUCAUUGGACCUGACCCACCCUGUGGAGGACGGCAUCCUAGACUCGGCUAACUUUGAAACCUUCCUCAAAGAGAGGAUAAAGGUCAAUGGAAAGACGGGGAACCUCGGUAACACGGUCCAGGUCGGCAGGAUGAAGAACAAGAUUAACGUGUCGUCGGACAAACAGUUCUCUAAAAGGUAUCUGAAGUACUUAACGAAGAAGUACCUGAAGAAGAACAACCUCAGAGACUGGCUCAGAGUUGUGGCGUCAGACAAGGAGACGUACGAGCUGCGUUACUUCCAGAUCAGUCAGGAGGACGAGGAGUCGGAGACAGACGAGUGAACAGCUGCUGCAGAGAGUCGAGCCUGUGUGUUUGUCAGGAGAAUAAAUUUGGAAGAAGAAC